AAUGCACCCAUGCAAUCGAAGCGCAUUUCAAUUUCGGAUGCGCCAGUCCUGGGAAGUCUUGGCAGCCAAUUACAAAAAGGCAUGGAACCGCUUUUCCCAGGCAGCCACCCAAAGCACCCGUAUUGUGAACCUGGUCUAGCGCUAGUUUGCUUCAUCGGAGAGCAAAAGAAGCAAGAUGCCGUGUCUGAGUGGGUGGUUCGUUUAAGCAAAGCGGCUGAGAAGCUUCUUAAUACCAUGGCCUUUCCUUCUCUCUUCUUUCAUUCAUUCAUUUUUUUUUCUUGCCCUCCAUCCAAUCCAUCCCACCAUAGUCAAUCGUUCAACAUAUUAGUGCCAUAAGCUACACUCGCUCGCUUAGGCAACUACUCAAGGCGCAAUAACAUCUUGCCAGACAUUGUCCAUUGUCAACCGACCUAAAUCCACACCCCCCUACCGCAGCCAAAAUGCAGAUCCCCACCGUCUGGACCGUCGUGACCUCGGUCGCCCACAUCCAGGUUCGCCAGGCCCAAAACUGCGAGGUCAUCGUGCCGUCCAUCUCGUCCCAGAUGCCGCCCAUGCCGACGGUCAUGGCAUCGCUCAUGGAGGCCGCCAAGACGGACGUCUGCACGCUCACCGAGGCCAUCAAGUACGAAUCCGAAAUCGACCUUUACCGCACCGAGCUCAUAAAGUGGGCGCAGACCGAGUCGAACCAGGCCCUGAUCAUGAGCAUGGCCGCCUGCGACGAUUGGGCCGAGUCCAGCUACAGCUCCCAGUACGCAUCCAUGACCACCUGUGCCCCUCCCAAGGACGUCCCGGGCCCCACCGGCCGCUCCAAGACCGACGUCCCGACCAAGACGGCGUCUACAAUGACGAGCGCCGCGACUGCUGCCCAGACCGCCGCGGCAUCUUCGGCCACGGGUGCUGCGUCGUCGGCCGGUGCUGCGUCUUCCGCGGUUCCGGCUGCUGGCGCCGGAGCCAAGUCUACCUCAUCCAUGGUCCUGGCUGUAGGAGCCGUUUUGGUGGGCAGCUUCUUUGCGUUGUAGAAGGGAAAGCUGGAAAUGCUGUCAUGAUUUUGGCUCGGGAACAGUCCGGUGGAUUUUUAGCGUCGUGUUAUGUGUAAUAAUUACUGCCCGCAAAUGGAAACAGUAAAACCUUGA